UGAUGGGAGGAGGAGAAAGGGGAGGAGAGAACAGAAAUACUAUAACACAGCUCGAUCAGGAGAGCUCAUCGGCUCCGGUUGUUGUGGAGUUAAAAUAAAGCUCGCGACACAGAGAGAACGGUGAGCUCGCGAGCUGCCGCCGCACAGAAUCACGGAAACUCCCGGCAGCGCCACUUCCGCCUGUGCGAAACAUGGCGGCUUACUUGACGGAGAACCUGGCGGAAUAUUUAGGCUCGCCCGAACCGGCAGUCCGGCUUAUGCUCUCAAUUUUAAUAGGUUAUCCUUUUGCACUGGUGUAUCGGCGGUUUCUGUUCCAUCAGUCUCCAUCUGUCAUUCAUUUAUUCCACGCCGUUUCAGGCCUGUCCUUGGCCGUGUUCAACUUCGGCCCUCAGGUGUAUCACUCUGCAUUAUGCAUAAUCAUCCAGUUCCUGCUGCUGAGGCUCAUGGGAAGGAGCAUCACUGGUGUCCUGAGCAGCUUUAUAUUCCAAAUGACAUACCUCUUGACAGGUUAUUACUACACAGCUACAGACGAGUAUGAUAUCAAGUGGACCAUGCCCCACUGUGUCCUCACACUCAAACUCAUUGGUUUGUCACUUGAUUACUAUGACGGUGGGAAAGAACCAUCUCAGUUGAGCGCCGAGCAGAAGACCGCAGCUCUUCAAACCACUCCGUCUCUUUUGGAGGUUUGCGGUUUCUCCUACUUCUAUGGCGGCUUCCUGGUGGGACCUCAGUUCACUCUACGCAACUACAUGCGCCUGGUUUCCCGAGAAAUGACCGACUGUCCUGGCCAGGUGCCCAACAGUAUUGUCCCUGCACUAAAGCGCUUUUGUUUGGGUUCCUUCUUCUUGAUUAUCUUCACAAUAUUUGGACCCUAUUACCCAGACAGCUAUUUCCUUUCAGAUGAAUAUGAGGCUCAGCCGUUUUGGUACAGGUGUGUGUAUAUGCUGCUAUGGGCUAAAGUAAACCUGUACAAAUAUGUGACCUGCUGGCUAAUAACUGAGGGCGUAUGUAUCCUCUCUGGGCUCGGCUACAGCGGUCACGGUGAUGACGGACAGCCCAAAUGGGAUGCCUGUGCCAAUAUGAGAGUGUGGAUAUUCGAGACCACGCCGCUUUUCACAGGCACCAUCAACUCCUUCAACAUUAACACCAACGCAUGGGUGGCCAGGCACAUUUUUAAGAGGCUGAAGUUUUUGGGGAAUAAGAUGGCAUCGCAGAUGGCCACAUUGUUUUUCCUGGCGAUCUGGCACGGCCUGCACUCCGGCUAUCUGCUCUGCUUUUCCUUGGAGUUCAUUAUUGUCAAUGUGGAGAAGCGGGCGCAGGCGAUCGUGAAUGACAGCCCGAAGCUGACGGCCAUCGCAAACAGCUCUCUUUAUCCUCUUAUAUACAUAGUGCAACAGUUCAUCCACUGGCUCUUCAUGGGCUACCCGCUAGCAGCAUUCUGCCUCUUCACUUACGACAAGUGGCUGAAGGUUUAUUCAUCAGUGUAUUUUUGUGGUCACCUCUUUUUCUUCAUGGCCUUCCUCACCCUACCUUUCCUUCGUAAGGCACUGGUGCCUCAAAAAGCAAAGAGCGACAAGAAGGAAAACUAGACAGAAAUGGGUUUCGCUGUCUGGUCCUCUGUAAUCUACCUGAAGGGAACUGUGAAUGAUUGGAAAAUAUUUUAAGGCCUUUAACUAUAUAUUAUAAAUAUAUACACACAUGCAUAAAUCUGUACAAACAAUUGUUUUUUAUGUUGUAUUUUUUUGAAGAAGGAGAUGAAGAAGCAUCAGUUAGGAUAAAGAAAAAAAGGAUACGAUAAUGCUCUCUCUUUUUUUAUUAUUUUGCUUAAAUGUGGCAGGUGGUUCGACAUGUGAGGGGACUUUUUUAUUUUGUUAUGAGAGAUUUAAGAUAGGUGGGGGAUAAUUAAUAACUAUUCGUACAGCUGUUUUUUUUUCAGCCACAGUAUUCAUAGCUCUCCGUUUGGAGCAUCGCACUGGCACCCGCUGAUGAUGUCAUUUCCAGUUAAACCAAACACCCAGUCGCGGGAGUUGAGGUCUGAAGACUGACUACUUUCAUGGACUUUGUUUGGGGGGGUUUAUUUUAUGUUUGCUUAGUUUUUUUUUUCCCAAAAUCUGCAGCCUCUGGUCAGAUUUACAGAAAACACUGUAAAAUAUAAAAGACAGAAUGUGCAGUGAAACUCAGAUAUGCCUUGCAGUGCAAAUGAGUAUUAUUGUUUCAUUUCUAAUUUAACAGAUUUUUCACAAUAUUUUUACCAAUUUUAGAAUGGGUUAACGGUUUUGUAAUUUUUGUAGCUUUUUCACAAAAGAAAAAAAAAACACAGUCCACAACAAUGAAUGUGAUCACUAUUGUCGACUUUUUCACUCUUUCUCAAAUACUUGUGCACCCCAGUCUCAGCACAGGAAAUCCCAUAUUUAAAAGAAAUUACACUAUUGCCAAAAUGAUUUUUUUUUUUUUGUUGUUGUUUUUUUGUAUUACUUAAAAUAAUAAUUACUUGGCAGACUAAACUGCAGUGAAGGAACUUUUUCUGCUCUCACCACAAAAUGAAAAAGUGGUGAUUCACUGUAGCUUUGGGGUUUUAAUAUUUAUACUUGUUCAACAUUUUACCAAUGUUGUUCAGCUAACUAAUUUUGCCUUAUUGUUAUCUAAUGUGCAAAAAAUAAUUGUAAAUGAGCCAUUUCUUUUGCAAUGGUCAUUAAAAAUGCUGGAUUUGAUCAAAAACAGA